AUUAUACAAGAAUACGUCCUUAAGGGUUAACUCUCUGUCCAAGGACUCAGGGGGACAGUUGCUGAACUCUGCCUUACUUCUCUCUUUCUCCAUCCUACCCACACCCCUCACCAUCAUCACCACACAAAAACAUCUGCUCUAAAUCGUAGGGGAAUUCCUAGAUUAUAUUUCCUGUGAAGGUGUCAGCUGGGCAACAUUUAGCAACUCUUGAAGAUCUUUCUCCAGCUUGCACUAACUGGACGUUGUGUCUAGUCAACUCAUCUGCUUUCUGGAAGAUUGGGAACCUCUGUGAACCUCAGGGUUUUCUGUUCGAAGGGAUUCUGAAACGGACGAGCUAGGGCACUCAUUUGCAAGGUGCUGCCCCCCUCCACCAAGAGAACUGGGAAGAGAGGUGGUUGGUGUCGUUCAGCAGGUCCUAUGAUCAUUCUGGCCCAGUAGGGUCAGUAAUGGCAUUGGAAGGGAGAGGUUUCUGACUUUUGGUGAGCAUAAUCGUUGUAGUGCAGUUAGGGGUCUUCCACUGGCUUUCUGUGUUUGGAGAAUGAGGUUCCUUCUGCCUCCCGCUUAGGAUUUUGUAAGGUGAUUUAGACUGCCACCUGGGUGGACCGUUGGGCUGCAGAAUUCCUAACAGCCUAAAAGGUCAUAACCACCAGGAAGGUGAGGGUGUCCCAGUAUAUAGGCAGAAAACCAAGACAGGGAGUUAGACAUUAGGCUAGAAAAGAUUUGACACAGAGGAGGGUCAGGGACCAGAAGCGGUGGGCAGAGUUAGAUCCCAGACCUGCAAGCAAAGGGCGGCAAGAAAGAAGCCAAUUCUUGCUCCCUGAAGUAGGGUACAUGAAGGAAAAGACCGGGUGUCAAGAGAAAAGCCAAGAUCCUGGGGGUGCUCAAGGUGGGUGGAUUGAUGAAGCAGUUGGAACUCUGUCCAUAGCUUGGGAAGUCAGGGUACCACUAAGGGAUUUGAAGUCAUCACCGUAGAUACCCUCAUUCUCCACUUGACAAGGUCAUGGAAGAUCUAGACGAAACAUUAUUUGAAGAAUUUGAGAACUACUCCUAUACCCUGGAAUAUUACUCCUCAGAGUCUGAUUUGGAGGAGAAAGCCCACCUGGGAGUUGUUCACUGGAUCUCCCUGGUGUUAUACUGUGUAGCAUUCAUUUUGGGUAUUCCAGGAAAUGCCACUGUUAUUUGGUUCACGGGGUUCAAGUGGAAGAAGACAGUCACCGCUCUCUGGUUCCUCAAUCUGGCUAUUGCGGAUUUCAUUUUUCUUCUCUUCCUGCCUCUGUACAUCUCCUACGUGGCCAUGAAUUUCCACUGGCCCUUUGGCAUCUUGUUGUGCAAGGCCAAUUCCUUCAUUGCCCAGCUGAACAUGUUUGCUAGUGUUUUUUUCCUGACGGUGAUUAGUCUGGACCGCUAUAUCCACUUGAUCCAUCCUGUCGUAUCUCAUCGGCACCGAACCCUAAAGAACUCCCUGAUAGUUAUUACAUCCGUUUGGUUUUUGGCUUCUCUAAUGGGUGGCCCUGCCCUAUACUUCCGGGACACUCUGGAGUUCAAUAACCACACUCUCUGCUAUAACAAUUUCCACGAGUAUGAUCCUGACCUCACUUUCGUGAGGCACCAUGUUCUGACCUGGGUGAAAUUUAUUGUUGGGUACCUCUUCCCCUUGCUAGCAAUGAGCAUUUGCUACUUGUGUCUCAUAUUCAAGGUGAAGAAGCGAAGCAUCCUGGUCUCCAGUAAGCAUUUCUGGACCAUCCUAGCUGUGGUCAUGGCCUUUUUGAUUUGUUGGACUCCUUAUCACCUGUUUAGCAUUUGGGAGCUUACAAUCCACCACAGUAGCUAUUUUCACCAUGUGCUUCAGGCCGGCAUCCCCCUCUCCACUGGCUUGGCAUUCCUCAAUAGUUGUUUAAACCCCAUCCUCUACGUCCUAAUUAGUAAGAAGUUCCAAACACGCUUUCGGGCCUCGGUUGCUGAGAUACUAAAGCACACGCUGUGGGAAGUCAGCUGUUCUGGCACGGUGAGCGAACAGCUCAGGAACUCUGAGACCAAGAACCUGUGUCUCCUGGAAACAGCUCACUUUUCCAGCAUGGUACCUCGGGGUAGUCAGACUUCUUAUAUGGCACAGUGUAAGGCCCUAAGAAGCCAAGGUGGACAUCUAUAGGCCUCUUCAAGUCUAUGUCCGACCCCUGAUGCAGUAUCACAUCCACUGUACUCUCUCGGUCCAAGUAGCCACCAGGUCAGUUCAGGUUCAAGGGGAGGUGACCCCACCUGUCAAUGGGGAUAUGCUCCUAUUCUUAAUCCCUCAUGGUAUCAGUAUAAUUAACAUUUUUGGAAAACUCUGGGUACGUGCAAGUAUGCGUGACAUUGCUGUAAACGUAAAACCCUGACAUCUAGAUAGUAGGUAGGCCAGCCCAAUCUCAGAAAGAUUUCAGAAAAAGAAAGCAUGUGUGACAUAGUGAGUUAUUUCUACCUUCUAUUCCUAUAACUGUAUUGAUGUAGGCACCGGUACAAGACCAAUGAAGUAUACCUUUACGUCAGUGAGUGACCUCUGCAUGGUGCAAAUCUGUUGCAUUUUAGACUGUAAUGGUAUUUUGCCUUCUAUCCAUUUAUUCCUUUAGCAAACAGAUGAGUGUCUAAGGGCUAUACAGAGGCAUGUGGCACUUAACAGUUUAGAAAGUCUAGAGAUCAAACCUGCAUGAAAAUAAUGCUAGAACAAGGUAGACAGUAAUAAGUGCCAGAAGAAAGCCAAGAAAAGUGUAGAUUGUUCAGAGAGGAAAGAGCACCCAGUAUAGAAGUGAACAAACAUUGGGGUUGCUUGAUUUUGGGGUUUCCUAAGGAUCCUGUUCCUGUCCCUUGUCUCUGCUGGUAUCCUUGUCUUUUAUGAAUACAAACUCUGCUACUCACUGCAAUUUUUAAAAGCAUUUGACUUCCCAUAAUUUCCGGAUUUUAUUUUGAAAAUUGGGAGGAGGAGAUGUAUUAUUUCUUGAGUCAGUAUCCUUUUUUAUUUCAUCUCUCAGCUUUUGGAAAUGCUAGUCUCAGAUCUUUAUUGGCUCUGUUCUUUACUGUUGGCCCAUACAACAAUCAGAUCUGGAUUUGGAAAUUAUUCCCCAAAAAUGUGCGGCAUAGCUCAGCAUAUCCCAACCUGUCACUCCCAAAUUUCAUGGUUUCUGCCCUACCCAGUAUGGAGGGAGGGUAGGAAGAAAGGUACUCAUUGUCAGUGUCUGCCCCCUCUACCACGAGGGGUUAAGAGAUUCCACUUGCCCUCAAGGGAUAGGCCUUGAUUUCCCCGGAUCAGGAGAAAAUCUGGAGGAUCCAAGACAAAGAGAACUCUAUAGGCUCAUCCUUAGCUUGAGCAAAUGGAGAGAUUCUCAAGGCUGUUGGAGAAAGGAAGGGUGAGAAGCAGGGAGAGGAUUAGGCAACCAAGGGCAGAAGGAAAUUAUGGAGCAGAUGUUACUACCUGGUAAGCAGGAGCUUACCAAGGGCCUAUAAAAAUAUUUGAGAUCUUUGGGUGCCUGGGCGGCUCAGUUGGUUAAGCAUCCAAGUCUUGGUUUAGGCUCAGGUCAAGAUCUCCCAGUUUGUGGGUUUGAGCCCUGCAUCAGGACAGCGCAAGGCCUGCUUGGGAUUUCUCUCUCUCUCUCUCAAUAAAUAAACUUCAAAAAAAUCUGAGAUCUUAAAAUAUAGUAUUGGUUCUAGAAUACAAAAAGAGGAACUUGAAAAGUCAAAAUUAAUAAAUAAUUAAACGUCUAUAAAAUACACCUUUAUGUCGGCCAAAUGAAAUAUUUUGUAAUUCUAUAAAAACUUAUAUUUAAUAUGGGAUUUCAAUAUGUUUCAGUGUUUGAUAUGAAAGGUAGGGCUUCCAAAAAAGAAAAAUGCUUUAAAGAAGGUCUACAAAGGUCUCAGAGGGACGCUGAAUUCAUUGUAGAAUCUAAUGAAAGUUUCAGGUCCUUUCCCUAGAAACAUGCUUUUUUUAAAAAAGGUAAUCUGGGACACCUGGGUGGCUCAGUCGGUUAAGCGUCUGACUUUGGCUCAGGUCACGAUCUCACAAUUCGUGGGUUCA